AAAAGAUUUGACCGAAGAUACAUGUGCAUGAAAACUUUAUAAUUCUUAUUUUAUUUUUUCCACGACCCAAUGCUAUUGACCAAGUUAUUACAUAUAGCGUUAGACCUGGUCUACUUAUAAGCAUUUUCAGACAAAUCCCAUAUGAUCUUCAAAGUCUUCUCCUUUAUAAAGCCAGAUCCCUGCAAGAACUCCUCCAUAACCAAAACCUUCAAUCUCCAAUCACAAACCCACAGAAAAAAAAAAGAAUUUGAAAGAAAAAGGAAGAAACUUUAUUAUCGUCGAUCACAGAUCAAUCGACAUGGUAAGGCACUGUUCAUCGCCGAGAGAAUCGAGGAGGAACAAGAACCCGUAUUCGUCUCGAGGGCUCGGCGAGUUCUCUGCUCUCUUGUCGGAACUCGAGGAGAAAAGACAGAAGAUUUACGGGAAACUCGAUUCGGAAGACGCUCCUCUCGUGAGGUUUGUGUACAAGAGUUCGGGCGAAUGCGUUCCCGUGAUCAUCAAGUCAUCGGACGUGGAGAAAACCUCGAAAAAGACGGUUCGAGAUGCCAAUAUCAAGGCCUCGGUUCAAGAAUCCGAGUCCGAGAGCGAGUCGAGAGGGAGUUCAGACGGAGAAACCAAGCGAAAAGGGCCGGACCCGGAUGAGAAAACGGAUCGAAAACCGUGCGGAUUGGACGUUAAUCUCCGAAGGAUGAGGCGAUCGAGCCGGUUUUUGCCCGUGACGGUGAUAUUGGUUCUUGUUUUCUUGGCGUUUUUUGGACGUUCGAUGGCGAUAACGUGCACUUGUAUCGCUUGGUACUUGGCUCCUACGAUCAGUGAUCAUGGUCGAGACAAGAUACCUGCGAUGAGGAAGAAAGGUUUAGUGAGGAGACUGAGUAACGAAAGGAGAGUAUCGUUCAAUCCAAGAACUCAGAGCAAUACUUUGAAGAAGGACAAGUUUCCAUGUUUGGCCGCUAGGGUUCUAAGUAAUUAUGGAGACAGAUGAAUUCGAAGGAAUAAUCUGAAUCUUGCUUCUGUUUUUUUUUCCUGUGCUCUAACUGUACAUAGAAAUAUGACAAUAUUGGUA